AUAAAAAAAAAUUGGUAGGUGUUUUGACAAUAGAACGUCGGUCUUGCGGGAUUAUAACCGUCCGUUAGCAGAAGGUAUCUUCAUUUAUGGUAUCGUAUCAUAAAUUACAGUGUCUGUAGCUGGCCAAGCCCGUUGAUAAGGAAUAAAACUAUGAUUGACCUCACAGUGAAAACACUCGAUUCUCGAAAUCACAACUUUUCCCUUGAGGAUAAUGUCACAGUACGACAAUUCAAAGAACAGAUAGCUGAAUCUGUAGCAGUGCCAGCAGAUUCGCAGCGGUUGAUUUACUGCGGUCGAGUGUUGCAGGAUGAAAAGAAGCUUGUUGAUUAUGAUGUCCAUGGAAAAGUUAUUCACUUGGUGCAACGAGCACCACCGCAAUCAAGUCAUCGAGGUAACAGUACUGGACUAGGCCAAGAUCAGGGGCAAAGUCAUGGACAGGGACAAGGACAAGUCGGUAAUUCCCACAGACAACCAUUCUUUCGUCAUGCUCGUGGACAAGUACACUUUCCUGGAAUUGACGGGAAUGCGAUGUACUUGGGAGCUAUGUCAUUUCCAGGUGAUGCCGAAGGUCAAGCCAAUCCUAGGGGUCAGCCAUGCACCAGAGAGACUGUUUUAUUCUCAGUUGCCCAGAAAAUGUUGGGGCAAGCUGGUUCUACAAUGCGCCAACUCGAUCAGCUAUCCUCCCAAUCUAAUACGAAUCAAAAUUCUGCAUCGACAUCUUCUCAAGAACCCCAACAAGAACAAAGACUAGAACAAGAACAGAGCCAGGAAGAAAGACAGGACCAGCACCAAGAACCGGAACUGGAACUGGAACAGGAACAGGAACCAGAACAGGAACUUGAACCGGAUAAUGAAUUUGAACAUGACCAUGAUGAGGGCAGUUUUGAGAUUGAAGGAGGAACUACUGGUGGAGGUGGUCUUGCUCAGGCAGCAUCUGCUGCCAUAAACGCUGCUCUCUCUGCUGCAGGACUUUCCACAGCAGCACUUAGCAGUCUGACUCUUCUUGGAGGCCAAAGUGACGGUUCCAAUCCUACAGUCAUACAUGCUCACAUACAAAGGAAUAACGCAGAACUUGGGGAAUCAACAACAGCAUCUAAUUCAAACGACAUUAGUCAAUCUGAACAUUCACAGUCAGUGGAACCGCAACAACCAACAUCAUCCCAACCUCAGGGUCAAGAAGAUGUACAGCAGCAGCAGCAACAGAGUACUCCAGCAGAUUCUCCUAAUGUUCAUAGUGAACGUCGCCAACAUUCAGAAAUCGCUGGCAGUCCAAGGAAUCAAUUGAUACGAUUAAUAUCAGCAAUAUCACAUUCACAUGAUCGUCUCCGACCAUACUUGCAGCGCUACCAGAGUAUAUUGGCCAGUAAUUUCUCAGAGAGAACAGCCGAAGAGAAUCGUGAAGUCCAGCGUAUUGCUGAUGGUGUUAGUGAAAGCUUGCACUAUUUAGCUCACGCAGCUCAUGCGUUAAGCGAUGUUAUUGUAGAUGUGAGUCAGCCACCUCCUGCAAAUAUACGUUAUAGACCACUACUUGUUCAGCACUCCGCCUUACUGCAAGCAGGAAUACCGAUACAAGUUGAGGCACAUAUAAGCUUACAUGGGCGUAAUCAAAACAUGAAUAACAAUAAUGAAAACGGAACUACCCCCACACCAUCUGCUGAUGGAGCUCCCGCAAGUGUUGAUUCAGGGGAAAAUGGAGCAUCGACCAAUGAAACUGAAGGCAAUCAAAAUACACUACAACAAUCAGAGACUACUAACAGGCAAGAACAGCAGCAGCAGCAACCACAACCACCACAACAACAACAACAACAACAGCAGCAGCAUCAACAGCAACAGCAACAACAACAAACUUUUGGAACUAUGUUUAACGUCCCCCAUAAUGUUGAAGUAUUGAUGGAAAUGGGUCCGGAAGUUGGUGGUAGCGAACAAGCUCAACAAAGUCUUAGGAAUAGAAAUAAUAACAAUAAUGGGAAUCCAGGUGGAAUUAAUGCAGGUAUAUUUCCAUGGGGAGUUUCACCACCUCCUGAAUUUAUGCGCAGUCUAAUGCAAGCAGUCGUAGGUCAAAUGGCAAGAGGUGUUGCAACAGCCACAACCGUAAAUGCAGCUACUCCACCAACAGGGGAAUCAGCCUCAAAUGCUGACGGAACGUCAACCACUGUUCCACCUGCUACAGUCGAAGGUUCUAAUUCAAACCCUGCACAAAGCACACAAGCAAGGGGGAACACUGGUACGCAUCCAACAACAUCAACGCAAACCCGAAGCACUCCACGUCCCCAUGUUUUCCACUCCAAUACCCACCAAUUUGGAUUGGGCAUGCGGCAAGGACGUAGCUUUGAUCCAUUGCUACCUUGCAAUUCGCAUCACGUGCGACGGAAUCUUCCAACUGCUGCUCGUCCCAAUGCUACUGCUGGUCAAAGGCAGCAAGCUAAUCAGACUUUGGCUGCUACAAGUCAAAGUCAAAAUGCGCCUUGGUCCGCAUCUGUGAAUACCACUACACCUACACGAGAAACUAGCAGUACUGAUACUAGAAAUGCGACACCUGCACCGCAAUCACAAACUAACAGCAUGCUGCUUGGUAAUCUUUUGACUCGAUUUUUCAGUGGAGCAGGUGGUCAAUCUGGACAAAUUCAAACAGGACCAGGGGGAUGGAUGCAACUGUUUACUGAAGAAAUUCCAAAUGUCCAGGGUUUGCUGGCCAACAGCUCCAAUCAAGCCGGAAGUGGGAUGACGUUGAUGGAUUUACUAGAGAAUACUCCUGGCCUUGGUGUAUCCACAAAUAUUGGGAUUAUCGGACCGUUGAGAACGGACCGAGCACCUCAGGGAGAAGAUCUACUCUUUGAACUUGUUGUAACACUGGUUCAGAACAUAACACUAGAAGGAUGGGAAGCUCUGCGAACAGGUCACUGGGAGCCUUUGGCCGGUGUUAGGCGUCCUGUACGCGAAUUUUUCCAAAACUUCUUUGGAUCAACUUCCUUAUCAGGAUCUGAGGAACGAGUUGUUGAUCGUCUGAUUAUCGAGCUGCAGCCAACUCUAAACCAAUUACUUAUAGAGGAUACAAAUGCGAGAGAUGGGCCCGAAAUGAGAGUAGACAUCCCAGCAACGAUUGAAAGUCUGCUAAGACGACAUUUCUUGAAUAUACUGCGUCUGUUAUUUGAAAACGAUGUUGACGAUACCCGGUUUGCGCAAGGACUUAUGGCGAGUAUAAAGACUUUGCAAACAGAAGCGUGUUCUGUUCUUCAAUAUUCUUUCCGCGGAAGACAACUUCGAAUAGAAACGGUUACCCAACGUGUUAUUACAAGACUGACUGAGGGCGUUGAACCUUCUAUACGUCAGUGGAUUGUUAAUAGCUGCGUUUUACAUGUUUGUUCAUACUUGGCUCGUAUGACCCAACUACCUGACAAUGAAGUGGUGCCUCUGCUCGUGCUUAGGAACACACCUGGACCUAUUCCUACACCCGCACCAGUAGUUCAGCAACGCACAGUUCCGCCAACUCAGCCAGAGCCAGAGCCAAUGGAAACUGACCCGGUAGAGGAGAGAGUUGAAGCAGAAUCUCUGGGUGCAGAAGGGGAUGAAACAUUCCCUGGUCAUGAAGCAGUACCUUCUGAUUGGGUUCCGAUCAUUGCACGUGACGGAAUAAGACAGCGUCGUCAAUUGCAAGUUCAAAUGCAAAGCCAGGGAAUGGCAGGAAGCGGUGUAGGUGGGUUUAGUGAUGCUUAUCUAGGCGGGAUGCCCAGUAAACGGCGCAAGCUAAUUGAGCAACAGAAACCAAGGAUACUUUUAAGUCCUACUCCAAAUCACUCUGUUGUAUCGAUAUCAAUGGAGCGUCUGGUAAGGGACAGCGUAGUACGAGCAGGAAUUGAGGAAGUUGAUGGUGCAGCAGCUGCUGUGGCGACGGAUGCUGGUGUUCGACGAGCGUUUGGACAGGCAAUAAGAGGCUGUUUGCAUCAACAUCCUCAAAGACAAACAACGCCAGAUUUUCCGGACCCUCUGCGAUUCCCAAAUGCGACGAAAUAUUUUGCGAAACACGAUGAAACUACAGAAAAAUAAACUUACGCACAUUAAGAUUUAUAAGCUAACAUAUUAUAAGUGUAACCACUAUAAUUAUUAUUACUAUCAUUACCACCAACACAUUGUUACUCUUAUCAUUGAAUUGCUACUAAUAUUGCCCACCAUCAUAAAUGAUGAUUAUUGUGUUAUUUGUAGUACAAUCUAAAUCAUAUUACUUUUGUUACAAUAUGUAAUAAUUAUUAAUAUCAUUGCAUACAAUAAUAAUUAGUAUUGAAUUGUGAUUAUCUUUUUGGCAUUAAUGUACACUUUUGAGCCAAUCCUGAAAGGUGUGUUUAUCAUGCAGGUAGUAUCUUACACACUGCAUUUACUUCCGUUGUGUCAACAGAGUUCAAGCCAUUUCAACAGUAUGGGCAUACUAUAGAACAAAAAUAAACUAACACUAACAAUAGUAGCUUAGACCGCUGUAAGCAUCGUUCCCAGUAGAUACUUCUACACCACGCGAUCAUCGGAACGCAAUCUAAAGUCUUGAAUAGUUGUAAAUGUUUAAAUUCCCUAAAAAAAUUGUACAUUUGUACCACAUUUGGCGUUAAAACCGGAUCGGAAUUUACUGGGAACUGACCACUUUGGUCAUGACAUAUGGUGGCCAAAAAAGAAACCAGUUUCAGUGUGCAUCUGGAUAAAUUAUAAAGAUGUGACAUUCAUUAAAUGAAAUAAAACGGUGAAUUAAAUUUUUUUUAACAAAUCAGCAGUGAUUGUAAAUAAACUGAUAAAUUUUUUGUUUCAAACAGUCAA